AUGGCACGUGCAGACGGGAGCACAGGCGAUGGAGUAGCUGACGGCCCCAGGCCUCUGCUUGGAGGCCAGUUCAUGAUCGAGGUGCUGAAGGGCUGCACCGCGGGCCCUCGCCUCCUGGAGGCCGACCGCUGCUUUGAGCCGAUCCGCCAGCGGCCGGGGCAGUUCUCGGGGUGGCACUUCCUGGAUGCGGAUAGCGCGUGGUUCGAGGAGUGCCAGACGCACGUGGUGCAGGUGCUUCGCGGCGCGGCCUGCGCGGUCAAUUUCGCGGGGCUCGCGGGCGAGGCCGCGGGGCGCGGUGCCGCGGGCGGGGCGGCCGCGGGCCAGCAGGGGGCAGAGGGGCAGGGCAAGGCGCUGCCGUCGGGCGCCGAGGUGGAGCGGGAGAGCAGGAGGGCGCUUGCCGAGGGGGGCGCAGCCGUCGCCGAGCGGGAGAUGCUGCAGGACGAUCGCGCGGGUGGCAGCGCGGGUGCGGCGCCCAGCGGCGCAGCGGGGGCGCCUGACCCGCUGCCUGCGGCGGCCGCCCUGGCCGCAGUGGCCGCUCUGGCGGCGGCGGCGCGAGAGCGAGGCCCGCGUGGCAGAGCCCACCUGCCCUGGCGGCCGCUCCAUGGGCCCGCCCAGCCCGAGGGCCAGGGGCCGCGCUGCCUCGGCGCCGAGGCGGCGGGCGGCGGCCUGUCCUUCCGGGCGGCGGCGGCCGCCCUGCUCUGGGCCGCCCCCGCCCCCGCGCCGCUCCCCGCGGGCCGGGGGGGCCAGGCGCCCGUGCUGGGCUACGCGCUGUGGGGCUCCUUCUUCGUGCUGUGCGUGCUGAUGCUCGGCGUCGUGCCCGAGAUAGGCCUGAUCGCGGUGGUGGACGAGAUCGACAUCAACGAGGCCGGGGAGAUCGUGCGUAUGACGGUGGCGGACGCGGGGAGGUGGAGCCCGCUGAGCUCGGCGCUGGCGGGGCAGGACGCGGCAUGGCGGGAGUGGCGAGCGGAGGCGCCGCCCCGCGAGCCCGACCUGCUGCGCGCGCCGCUCCUCGCCGGCGCGGAGAGCGCCCAGGAGGAGGACGAGCGCCUCCCGCUCGGGCGCGGGGCGCCCGCGUGCGGUGCCUGCUCGCUCGGCGGCGCGCUGGGGAGGCUGCUGCGCCCUGCGCGGAGGCGGCGCUCCUCCGGCCAGGGCCGGGAGCCUGGAGUUUCGGAGUGGAAGCAGAUCCCGGACGCAGUGUCGGAGACCGCGCAGGAGGCGGCGGGCUCGGUCGCCCAUGCUGCUGAGCGGCGGGCGCCGGGCGCGGCCGUCUCCCCCGCGUCGUCCGAGCGGUCGCCGGGGCGUGCCGCCCAGGAUGGCGCGUGCCAGGCGGCCGAGAGUGCCGCCGCGGAGCAGCACUGGCUGACGCCGAGGCCCGUCCAGGCCAGGGAGGGCGUCGCUGGCUCCGACUACGUGUAGGCGGCUGGCAGGUCGAGAGGGUGCUCCUCCGCCGCCCCCGCGGCCGCGGUGAGCGUCGCGGGCGCGCGGGGGCGGGGCGCCAGGGCGCGCCGGGCGCCAGGGCGCGCCUGGGGUCGGGGCUCAAGAGAGGGA